AUGAAAAUGGUUGAAAUAUAAAACUGCUUCCUUUCUGAAAACAAUUAUAAAAUGGCCAAUCUUUUAAAAAAUAAAAUCUUAGAGAAUGAUAGAGAAACAAUCCAUUUGACAGUCUAGGCUGUCUGUGAAAUUUUAACUAACGCAAUCUCAUAACCCUUGCAAAAAGUCUUGUCAAUAAGAGUAAAAAAAACCAGAGUAUUCAGUUAGUAAAAGAAAUGA